AUGCAGGAGCUCAUAGAACGAGCUUACCGUAGCAAUUGCUCAACCAGAAGACAGUGGUCUGGUACACUGCAUUCUGCCAAGUGGCAAGCGAAGCACAAUCCGAAUGAGGGUCGAAGGUACGCCUAUUCUUAUACAUGCAGCAGUCGCUACUACUGUCCCCAACUAUCCAAUUUAGAUCGAUAUUGCCCUCCGCAACGCAACUCUUCGCACCUAUCCGUCUUCCUGACUCGACACAAUCUGUUCAUCGGCACUGCUGCACAGUUCUCAUGUCCAGUCGGUUACAAGCCACAUGGUUACACAACGGCUGUUUGUGAGGUCGACGGUACUUGGAGUCACCCACCACCAAAAUGUCAUGAUGAAAAAGGCUUUCUGGAAAGUGGAAUUGGUGGUAUGAAGUUCACUUUUACAGUUGUCAAAUGCGACCAUCUCGAACCACCACCUAACGCAGUGCUUCUUUCACCACCACGAACGCAUUAUCACCGCGGUGAUGUACUACUUUUUGGUUGCCUCCCGAAUUACAUGUUGACUGGUGGUGAUUUCGUUGUCUGUCAAGCAAACGGGAAGUGGACAGAUUUCAUCACAAAAUGUGAUGCUUUCUGCCGACAUCCCGGUGUGCCUGCUCAUGGUGCUUCGACUUCACCCCCCAAGGAUUACUACCUUGUUGGAGAGAAAAUCGUAUUUUAUUGUCCAUCACAUGAGUACAAGUUAAAUGCCGAGAACGUUUUAACGUGUGUCGGAGCUGGUAAAUGGUCACGAAGGGUACCGCUUUGUGUUCUUGACAAAAGGAACUAG